AUGGGCGUCACAGGGAAGGAGGUGGCGAAGCAAGCAGCAGACAUUGUGCUGCUGGACGACAACUUCGAAAGUUUAGUUUCUGCUGUCAAGUGGGGCCGCAGCAUUUAUGCAAACAUUCAAAAGUUUUUGGAGUUCCAACUCACGGUCAACGUCGUCGCAGUCGUCACUUCCCUCGUCUGCGGUGAGGGUUUAGGGUUUAGGGUUUAG